CAUUUCUUCUUCGCUUCCUCUCCCCUUUCUCUCUCUCUCACUGAGCUUCGCCGUUUUUAAAAAAAAUUCUCCGGUACCGGAAAAAUUAACAACGAAGAGAGCCAAAUAAAAAAAAAUCACUGUUUAUAAAAAAGUAAUCUCAAAUCUCUCUCUUACUCUCUAACAGAGUCGUGCGUGAUGCUACUUACGGUGGUGAAGCAGCGGUUAGUGUACUCUCGCCGGAGAAAUCGAUUAUGACCGGAAUCUCACCUCUGUUUUCGUUUCGAUAGUUUCGAACUUUUGGUGUUUUUUUUUUUGUUGGAAGAAGAAAAUGGAGAAACAGGCGGCGAAGCUAACGAGGACGCAGUCGUCGUUGCUCCGGUCAUCUUCAAAUGUCCGAUCGUCUUUUCAAAGCUUAUCUUCAAUCGUCGAAGGAGAGCAACAAGAUCUAGAAGCCGGAGAGAAAGAAGAGAAGCAGAGACGAAAACCACCUAAACCAUUCGGUUCAUCAAAUCCUAAAACCGGUUUAACUCGGAUUAAUCCCGGUUUAGCUUUCACCAUGGUCUCUCUCUCUUUCCUCAGCCUCUCCUCCUUCUUCUUCUUCGUCGUCUUCUCACAAACCGAUGAGAUCCUCACAUCGGAGAAUCUUUUGCUAGCUCUCAUCUUCGUCGCCGUAGCUCUCUUCUUCGCUUCCAAGAACAUCGCACUCCUUAACCAAACCGUAAUCGCAAUCAAACAAAUCUGCGACGAAACCACCAGAUUCUUAGGGUUUCAAGGAAGAAACCCGAAAUCUAAACCGGUACAAUGGUACAUCGGAGACGAUACCAACAAACCGGAUAAGAAGGUUGUUGUGAAGCGAUUCGUGAAAGAAGGUGUUCAAUUCUACAGUAAUGGAGACUUCUACGAAGGUGAAUUUCACAAAGGGAAGUGUAAUGGGAGUGGAGUUUAUUACUAUUUCGUAAGAGGUCGUUACGAAGGUGAUUGGGUUGAUGGGAGAUACGAUGGUUAUGGGAUUGAGAGCUGGGCUAGAGGGAGUAGAUAUAAAGGUCAGUAUAGGCAAGGUCUUAGACAUGGUUAUGGAGUUUACAAGUUCUACACUGGUGAUUGUUAUGCUGGUGAAUGGUUCAAUGGUCAGAGUCAUGGGUUUGGUGUUCAGUCUUGUGCUGAUGGUAGCUCUUAUGUUGGGGAGUCUAGAUUUGGUGUUAAACAUGGUCUUGGAUCUUACCAUUUCAGAAAUGGAGAUAAGUAUGCAGGGGAGUAUUUUGGUGAUAAGAUUCAUGGGUUUGGAGUGUAUCGGUUUGCGAAUGGACAUUGUUAUGAAGGAGCGUGGCAUGAAGGUCGUAAACAAGGGUUUGGUGCUUACUCGUUUAGAACAGGUGAUGCUAAAUCUGGUGAAUGGGAUUCAGGGAGUCUUGUAACUUCUCUUCCUCUUACGAGCGAGCCUGUUUCUAGAGCGGUUCAGGCGGCUCGAGAAACAGCGAACAAGGCAGUGAAUCGGAGACGGGUAGAAGAGCAGGUGAGCCGAGCCGUGGCUGGAGCUAACAAGGCUGCUACGGCUGCAAGAGUGGCUGCGGUUAGAGCUGUUCAGAAUCAGAUGGAUGGUAAAUUUUGUCAAAGUUGAAAAAAAAAAGACCAAAAUGUAAAAAAUCUUUUUUUUUUCUUUCUUUCUUUUAUUACCAGUCUCUGUAACCCUGAUUGAGCUAUAUAACCAAAAAAAAAAUGGUAUAGCUUCUUUCAGAGGUUUGUAACAGAGAGAGUAAUUUUCGAUUUUUACUAAUGUAACAACAAUCUGUAAAUAGUUGAAGAAACAAGCUGGUGUUUUUAUUAUUUUUUGUUGUAAAUCAACGGCUUAAAAUGAA